GCUCGGAACGCUUCGGAGGUGGCGCCCGGGGCCGGAGGUGCGGAGCGCCGUCCUUUCCCCGCGGCUUCCGAAGAGCGGCGGCGGCAUGACUUCGGCGGCGGUGGAGAUUUUGGGGCUGGGACUGGGCAUCCUGGGCUGGGUGGGCGUGAUCCUGGCCUGCGGGCUGCCCAUGUGGCAGGUGUCAGCCUUCAUCGACGUGAACAUCGUGGUGGCGCAGACCAUCUGGGAAGGGCUGUGGAUGAACUGCGUGGUGCAGAGCACGGGGCAGAUGCAGUGCAAGGUGUACGAUUCCAUCCUGGCGCUGCGGCCCGAGGUGCAGGCGGGCCGGGCGCUCACGGUCAUCGUGGCGCUGCUGGGGCUGGUGGCGCUCAUGGUGACCGUGGUGGGCGCGCAGUGCACCAACUGCAUCCGGCCCGGCAAGAUGAAGUCCCGCAUCGUGAUCGCCGGAGGCACCAUCUACAUCCUCUGCGGGGUCCUGGUCCUCGUCCCGCUCUGCUGGUUCGCCAACAUCGUCAUCAGCGACUUCUACGACCCCUCCGUGCCGCCGUCCCAGAAGCGGGAGAUGGGGGCCGCGCUGUACAUCGGCUGGGCGGCCACGGCCCUGCUGCUGUUCGGGGGCUGCCUCAUCUGCUGCUGCUCCUGCUCGCAGCGCGACGAGACCUCCUUCCCCGUCAAGUACUCGGCGCCGCGGCGGCCCACUUCCAACGGCGAGUACGACAAGAAGAACUACGUGUGAGCGGGGCCG